GUUGGAAUAAGUAUAGGUCUACAAAUUAUACUAUACACCUAUGCUCAUUUUUCAUGACAGUGCAAGCAUAUAUUCCAUGCAAUAGUUAGCCGUUAGGUAUGUAAUACGUCAAUAGAAUAUUAACACACGAUAACAAUAAUUAUGUAUAUUUAAUAGAGAAAAUAGAACGAAUGAGUUAAAGCAUUCUCGAGGAAUAAGAAUCUCAUUCACGGGAACCAAAUUCUCUUGCGCACCACUAAUCUUCUCCCGCCUUAUUUGUAUUUCGAUCUUUUUGUCUAAUACGCUAACGUCUCAAAUCUUCACCUUAGAAAGUACGAACACAAGUCUGAGUGCAAGAAAAACAAGUUUCGAUUCAGACAAAGAUGGUGAACAGAAGAAGAGAAGUAAAAAAGAGUUAUGCUUUGUUCUCUUCAACCUUUUUCUGCAUCUUUUUACUCUUUUUUCCUCCGGCAGAGCUUUCAGACGGUGUUAAGUAUGAAGGUAAUAUUCCUUGGCAAAAAAACUUUGAAGUUCUUGCUCUAAUAGAAAUCAAGAGCUCACUGAUUGAUCCUCGUGGAGUUCUAGUAAAUUGGGACAACGCAGCAGUUGAUCCUUGUAGCUGGGACUUGAUCACUUGCUCUCCUGACGGUUUUGUCCUAAGCAUAGGAGCUUCAGACCAGAGCUUGUCAGGAACUCUUGCAUCAAGUAUUGGCAAUUUAACAUAUCUUCAGACUGUGCUCUUGCAGAAUAAUAACAUCAGAGGAAAUAUCCCCCCUGAGAUUGGGAGACUGAUGAAACUCAAAACACUUGAUCUCUCUAACAAUAACUUCACUGGUCAAAUCCCACCCACACUUUCUCAUUCUACAAGUUUUCAAUACUUGAGGCUGAACAAUAACAGUCUGACAGGAACAGUUCCUACCUCAGUGGCAAACAUGGCCCAACUAAUUCUUUUGGAUCUGUCUUACAAUAACUUGAGUGGACCAGUUCCAAGAUUACAUGCCAUUGCAUACAAUGUAAUAGGCAAUCCUCAGAUUUGUUCAACUGGAACUGAGGAAGACUGUAACGGAACUCAUCAUAAACCAACCUCACUUACCUUUACCAGUUCUGAAUCAUCUGAUGGAGGAACAAAUAAUCAGAAAUUCGCGGUACAAUUUGGUUUAAGCCUUGCAUGUAUUUGCUUGUUGAUCAUUGUCUUUGGUUUUUAUUAAUAAGGAUGUAAAAGCUUAGGCUUUAUUUGGGAAUGUUACCAGUAUAAUAGAUACAAAAGUUAUGGAAUGUUAAUAAACAAGAUUUGUACACAAGCUGUUUCACGGCAUAGUUUUCUAUAGGCAUGGUGCUCGAGUACCUACUCGGGUAUGGGCUGGGUUUCUCGGAUUUUCGGUUGCAUCUUCUUAGGUUCC